GCCUGGGGAAGGGUGGAGAGGCAGAGUGGGGCGGCCAGCUGCGCGCGGAGCCGAGCAGGGUCAGGAUGGACGAGGACGUGCUGACCACCCUGAAGAUCCUCAUCAUCGGCGAGAGCGGCGUGGGCAAGUCCAGCCUGCUCUUGAGGUUCACAGAUGACACUUUUGACCCAGAACUUGCAGCAACAAUAGGUGUUGACUUUAAGGUGAAAACAAUUUCAGUGGAUGGAAAUAAGGCUAAACUUGCAAUAUGGGAAACUGCUGGUCAAGAAAGGUUCAGAACAUUAACUCCCAGCUAUUAUAGAGGUGCACAGGGUGUUAUAUUAGUUUAUGAUGUCACGAGAAGAGACACCUUUGUUAAACUGGAUAAUUGGUUAAAUGAUUUGGAAACAUACUGCACGAGAAAUGAUAUAGUAAACAUGCUAGUUGGAAAUAAAAUUGAUAAGGAAAAUCGUGAAGUUGACAGAAAUGAAGGCCUGAAGUUUGCACGAAAGCAUUCUAUGUUGUUUAUGGAGGCAAGUGCAAAAACCUGUCAUGGUGUACAGUGUGCUUUUGAGGAACUUGUUGAAAAGAUCAUUCAGACGCCGAGACCGUGGGAAAGUGAGAACCAGAAUAAAGGAGUCAAACUGACACACAGGGAAGAAGGCCAAGGAGGAGGAGCCUGUGGUGGUUACUGUUCUGUGUUAUAGACUCUGGGAAAUUCCAUCUCUUGCAUAUUUGAUCAGAUAGUGUCAUCUUUCUGUAUAUAAACUCUUUAACUGCUAUUUUAGGGUCCUUGCAGUUUGCACAUAUUUGUUUUGUAUCAUGGCAGUAAAUAUUUGCAAGAAAUCCUGCUCAUUGACUUUUCCAGUUACAGUGUUAUGGUAAGCAUGCAGUUUGCAGUCUGCAGUUUUUUAUGUAACAUGAAAUAGGUGUACCUUUAUAAGUACAUUUGAUUUUAUGAUUUACAUUCAUCAUGUGAUUUUUUAAAAAACCCACCUAUCUACUAUAUGUUGAUACAAGGUCUAUUUUCAGUCUCCCUUUUGCUUAAAUACUUAUCAAUUACUGAAUUAAUUGCUAUGUAGAACUCCUAAGGACCACUGGGAGAUACACAGGUAUCAUCAAACCUGGCGAAUUUCCCUUCAGGAAUGACAGAGAGCAUGCGCUGCAGCUUUCCUAGGAUGUUUGUUGACAGAUUCUCUUUUAGGUCGA